AUGACGUUUGUUGAAGUGUCCGAAGCUAUUGAAGCGUUCAAGAACGGCGAGUUCUUGAUCGUGAUGGACGACGAGUCUCGCGAGAACGAGGGCGACUUGAUUAUCGCCGCCGAGAAGUGCACCACCGAGAAGAUGGCGUUCUUGGUCCGCCACUCGCUGGGGUACGUGUGCGUGCCCAUGCUGACGGAGCGGGCCGACAAGUUGGGCGUCAACUACAUGUUGCCCGACCUGUCGACUGACCGCCACAACACCGCCUACUGUGUCACCUGUGACUACGCCGAGGGCACCACCACCGGGAUCUCCGCCGCCGACCGGGCGCUCACGGCGCAAAAGUUGGCCGACCCCAACGUUGACCCGUCCAAGUUUACUCGCCCCGGCCACAUGGUGCCGUUGCGCGCGGUGCCCGGUUUGUUGAACAAGCGCCGAGGUCACACCGAAGCGCUGGUGCAAUUGUGCGAGCUUGCUGGUUUGCUGCCCGUGGCGGUGAUCUGCGAAAUGGUCCGUGACGAGGACGGCUUGAUGCUGAGGUUGCCUGACUGCGAGAAGUUCGGCAAGCAACACAACAUCAAGUUGGUUACCAUCGACCAGUUGGUCGAGUACAUCAACCAAGGGGCCAACGGCCACUAA